CUGACUCACCAUACACCCUCCAUUUCCGUAGAUGAGAUAGCGGUACGCGUUCCUCGGUGCUGCUUGGUGCACUUUCUUGUCCCUAGGAAACUCUUGAAGCUCCAUCUGUAGAAAUGAAAAAAAAAAGAUUUCGGGCGCCUCCACAUCUGUCUCGGACAAUGUUACGUUUAAAAUAACAGACAACUCAUUGGUUAACAAAGGACUUGUAUAAGCGAUCUUCACUUUUCUGUAGAUUUCAACUCAAGAGGAAUCUUGAAUACAAUUAUGGCUUCUAUUGCUAUUUCACCGAUUCCUACGAGGACUACGCAACUGCGUAAUGUACGGCAAAAUAGUAUUGUGGAUCUUGACAUAGAUAUGUUCCUCAAAAUAUCAAAUUACGAGGAUACUGUCAGACAGUUGGAUAUUUAUUAUGGAAUUGUCAAACGACAAAUACUUCACUAUCAGAGCUGCAUCACAGGACUCUUUCCACAAGUAUCCACUGAUAAAAACGUAGGAAGCGUUCGUGAGAGCAUCUACUGUGCUGCAGCAACAUGGAGUUUAUAUCAAGCAUACCGGCGUAUAGAUGAUGAUCGUGGCAAAUCUUACGAGCUAGGCCAAUCUGCAGUAAAGUGCAUGCGUGGAAUUUUAGAAUGUUGGGUCAAACAAUCAUCCAGGAUUGAACUAUUUAAACGAAAUCAAUGCAAUCGUUUUGCAUUACACUGUAAAUUUCACUUGGUGACAGGAGAUGAAAUAUUCCGUGAUGCUGAUUAUUUUCACUUGCAAAUUGACGUUGUCUCCCUGUAUCUGAUUUUCCUGGUGCAGAUGAUUUCAUCUGGCUUGCAAAUUAUUUAUACACAAGAUGAAGUCGCUUUUGUACAGAAUUUAGUAUAUUAUGUGGAACGUGCUUACCGAACACCAGAUUAUGGCAUGUGGGAACGUGGAAGUCGUUACAACGAUGGUACACCUGAAAUUCACGCAAGUUCAAUAGGCAUGGCAAAAAGUGCACUGGAAGCCAUAAACGGGUGUAAUCUGUUUGGUGAGAAGGGAGCAUCGUGGUCAGUGAUAUACGUAGACAUUGAUGCACAUAAUCGAAAUAGAAGCAUCUUCGAGACUAUGUUGCCAAGAGAAUCCAGUUCUAAGAGUGUAGAUGCAGCGUUACUUCCAACAGUCUCCUUCCCAGCCUUUGCAACGCAUGAGGAAGUACUGUAUACAAAGACAAAAGCCAACGUAGUACAUCGGCUACGAGGAAACUAUGGUUUCAAAAGAUUCGCCAGAGAUGGCUACAAGACAGUUAUAGAAGAAACGCACCGUCGUUUCUACAAAUCUGGUGAAAUUAAGGAAUUUGAUAAUAUUGAAUGCGAGUGGCCACUUUUCUACAUAUUUAUGAUCAUCGAUGGAGUAUUUAAGUCUCUCCCAGAGCAAGUCGAAGAGUAUCAAAAUUUACUAAAGGCACGGUUGUACAAGGAUGCCCAUGGAGAUCCUUUAAUUCCCAUGUAUUAUUAUGUGCCAGAGGAGUGCAUAGAGACCAAAAGAAAUGAGCAAAAUAGCACUUAUCGUGUUUCUAGUAACGAAGGUAGUGCACAGAAAGCAAAUGAUCUCAAUGUUACACCAAUUUAUUUAUGGAACCAAUCAAUGUUUGUUAUCGCACAAUUACUCACUGCUGGUCUCCUGCACAUUAAUGAACUCGACCCUAUACGUCGUUAUCUACCAUCGUACAAUAGACCUAGACGAGCCGGUCGCUAUUCAGCUUUUCAAGCAAAGCCCAGUAUCGGAACGCAUACAGAUCUUGUAGUGCAAAUUGUCUUGAUUGCUGAAUCAAUGAGAUUACAAGCCAUGAUGGCUACUUAUGGCAUUCAAACACAAACACCUCAUGAAGUGGAACCUGUUCAAAUACUCUCUUCUAUACAACUUGUAAAAGUUUAUCAGAUGCUUGGUGUCAAUAACAAAUUAAAUUUGGAAGGUAGACCAGGUAGACCAAUUGGUUCACUGGGUACCAGUAAAGUUUACCGAGUCUGCGGAAUGACUGUACUCUGUUAUCCCUUGAUUUUCGAGGUUUCUGAAUUUUACUUGUAUCGUGAUAUGGCUCUAUUAAUUGAUGAUAUCAAAACGGAAUUGCAAUUCGUUGGAAAAUAUUGGAGACUCUCAGGUCGACCCACUGUUUGUCUACUGAUACGAGAAGAACACAUGAGAGAUCCCCAAUUCAAGGAAAUGUUGGAUUUAUUCGCAAUGCUUAAAAAAGGUUAUUGCGAUGGUACUAAAGUACGAAUUGGUCGUUUACAGAAUCUCAUCUCAUCCUCUUGCAUAGAACAUCUGGAUUUUAUGAGCACAAUGGAAACAGAUCUGGCUCUGACGCAGUUUAAACAAUUGGAGCAUGAUUAUAUCGGUUAUCAAAGUUUGACUGAUGUACCACGUGCUUUAUCUUACACCGAAGACAUAUGUGAUUACUCGAGAUACAUGGACCAGCCUAUUUGCAAUGUCAUCACUGAAAUUCGCAAUACUGAUGGAUUGUAUGCCAAAUGUCAGCUGUACAAUAUUCUCUUGAAAAGAGAGGGAAUCGAUUAUGAGAUCAAUGGAUUGACUGUCGGAGAUAAUCUCAGAGCUCUCUAUCAACAAGCUGGUGGUUUACGAUACUGGAUGGCUGUUCGUUAUUGUAGUAGUUUACUGAAUCAUACUGUGGAUAGUAUCAGUCCUUUCAUUACUGGGGUGCUCGUCAAAGGGAAACAGAUAACCGUAGGUGUUAUUGGACACGAGGAAACUGUAUUUGACAAGCCAAUGACUCCAGCUGAAAUACAAUCUGUUAUGUAUUCCACUAUUCAACCGCAUGACGUAGUUCAAGCUGUAUUACAGCAGGAAAUUUUACUUUACUGUGGAAGACUCAUUGGAACAAAUCCUGAGAUGUUUAAAGGAAUAUUAAAAAUAAGAAUUGGAUGGGUUUUGGAAGCAAUGAAACUCUACUUGGAAAUGUAUGUUAAAAAUGCAAAACCUAUCGGAAAUUACAGUCCUUAUGAGAUCCGACAAUUUCUCAUUAAGGUUUUGACUGUCAAAGAUUGGGCUAUAUCAGAAAACUUAACAGUUCUUGGCCGAAGAAAAAUUGAGGGUAGUCUUUGCAGAGUACCUGGGCAAUUUUACAAUCAGGUCUGGGAAGUACUAGUCCGUUGUCCAGGUGGAAUUUACGUAAAUGGUCGUGAAUUGCCCCAGCAACCAACUCUGUCAAACAUGACAAGAUCAGAACUGACAUUUGCUCUUCUUGUUGAAUCAAUUUUACAUCACAUCCAGUUGCCAGAAUACCGACAGAUCAUCGUGGAGCUACUCAACAUAGUCUCAACAAUCUUGCUUCGAAACCCAGAGUUGACCUUUCAGAAACCCCUAGAUUUAAACAGUCUUGUCGAAGAUGCCUUCGUCAUGUAUUGCAAGGAUCAUCAUAUUGAAAAGACAGAAGAUCAGACUCCAUUCUUCUCAGCACACUAUUCUCUCACAACAGGAUGUCUCGCAAGGGCUGUUGUCAACAAUGUUCUUAUGGGAGGAAGCAUGAGUACUGUUUGUGAUAUAAAUGAUAGCAUUCAGUCCCAUGAGAUGUGUAAAAUAACGUAGAAAUAUUUUGUAGUAUUUUGAGUAGUUGAUGUUACAUGCGGUAAUAAAUUUUAUCUGUAAAUA